AGAUUUCCGUCAUAUCAGUCGCAAUGAAUCGUUUACUGGGUGUUAAGCCGCUCUUACUUCUCUGCACUGCUUGCCUAGUGAUAACCAGCUACGGUGGAGUGAUUGUUGACGAAUGUACUUCAGUUCAAGAAAAGCCGCCUCCAUUAUGCUGCCGAUACGGUGAUGAAAAUAAUGACACAGAUAAAGAAGAAGAAAUGGAAAGGAAUAUGAAAUUAUGUCUGACAGAAUACAUGGGCGAUCUAUCUCGGACUCCCAUAGGAGAAGAUAGGAUCUCAUUAUUGGAAUGUGUUGGAGAAUGUGUAUUCAAUUAUUCCAGAUUAUUGACACCCGAUUUGAAACUAAACAAAGAACAUAUAAUGAAGAUGGACGAAAUGGUUGAUGAAGAUCCAAAAUGGAAAGCAGUCGACGAAACAGCGCUGAACACCUGUCUGGGUAAAAUAGAAGCCGAGAUAUCAGACUCGGCAAAAUGCAAGAGUGGUUCUUAUCAGCUAGUGAGAUGCAUGGUUCGAGAGAGAUUCUUCAACUGCCCAAAGGAUGCAUGGACGGACAGUGAUGAGUGCACAGAGUACAAGAACGUCGUUCAGAGAUGUACAGGUUUGAUUCCCGAACUUUAUGAAUGAAGAUUAAAUCAUUUUGAUUAUCCUCGCUCUACAUAUCUACAGUAUAUGAAUGAUAAAUAAAGCUGUUAUUAUUUAAAAUGAGUUAUUGGUCAUUAGUUAUGUAUAUUAUACUUUCAAAAUAAGAAAAAAG